ACCACGAUCUUUGAGAUGAGCUGUGCUCGUCCCACGGCACCUGGAGCCCAGCUGCCCCCCAGAGUGAUGGCAGCGGUGUUGGCUCUGCUGGUGCUGGUGGCCUGGCCAGUUCCUGCCGCAGCAGUGACGCAGGACUCUCUGCUCAAUGUCUGCAUGGAUGCCAAGCACCAUAAAACAGAGCCUGGCCCUGAGGGGCAGCUCUAUGGGCAGUGUGUCCUCUGGAAGGACAAUGCCUGCUGCACUGCCAACACCAGUUUGGAAGCCCACCAGGACCAGUCCUACCUGUACAACUUCAACUGGGACCACUGUGGGGCCAUGCCAGAGAAGUGCAAGCGCCACUUCAUCCAGGACACAUGUCUCUAUGAGUGCUCCCCUAACCUGGGGCCAUGGAUCGACCAGGCAGACAACAGCUGGCGGAAGGAGCGGAUCCGGGAUGUGCCACUGUGCCGGGAGGACUGUGAGCAGUGGUGGGAGGAUUGCCAGGAUGCUGUCACCUGCAAGGUCAACUGGCACAAGGGCUGGAACUGGACUACAGGCACCAACCACUGUCCCAGGGGUGCCAUGUGCCAGAAGUUCAAGUUUGUGUUCCCCACGGCGGCUGCACUCUGCGAGCAGAUCUGGUCUGGCUCCUACCGCUACACGUCCCACCACCGUGGCAGCGGUCGCUGCAUCCAGAUGUGGUUCGAUCCCACACAGGGGAACCCCAAUGUCGCUGUCGCCCAAUAUUAUGCCUGUGGCGAUGCUCCCCCAAACUCCCCGCUCUCCAUCCUGCUGUGCCUGCUGCCCCUCAUGUUCCUGACCCCGCUCUGAACAGGAGAGGCUGCAGGCAGGAGCAGGCGGUAGAUGGUCACCAGGCUGCCUUGUGCCUUCCCAUGGCACGGGGAAGGCACAAGCACUCAA